ACUCGGUGCCCGCUGUCGUGCCAGAUGACUCGGUGCCCGCUGUCGUGCCAGAUGACUCGGUGCCCGCUGUCGAGCUUGGUGACUCGGUGCCCACUGUCGUGCCAGAUGACUCGGUGCCCGCUGUCGAGCUUGGUGACUCGGUGCCCGCUGUUCUGCCAGAUGACUCGGUGCCUGCUGCCUCGCCUGAUGGCCCGGUGCCCGCUGCUCCGUCUUAUGGCCGGUGCCCGCUGCUCCGCCUGAUGUGCCUCUGUCCGCUGCCCAGCCUGAUGUGCCUCUGUCCGCUGCCCAGCCUGAUGUGCCUCUGUCCGCUGCCCAGCCUGAUGUGCCUCUGUCCGUUGCCCAGCCUGAUGUGCCUCUGUCCGCUGCCCAGCCUGAUGUGCCAGCCCCUGAUAUCCAGCCAGAGGUGUAUUUAAACAGGACCAGGCCUGUGAUCAGUGCCUUGGUGUAUGUUUCCCA